AUGGACUGGGACUGGCAGAAAAGGGCGAUUGCCGCAUCGUUGCCAGCGAUAGACUGGAGGGACUUUAGCAGUUUACGCAGGCCCCUGAGCCGGAGGAAGGAAAACUCCGCGGCAGCGUCCCGUAAGCCGGAGCGGAGUGACAGGGUCACCUCCCGGUACAUCCUCCGCCGGCUGAGGGCCGCCACCAGCUCCCCCACCGAUGCCGAAUCAUCGUCACGCUGCAGCGGAGGCUGGCCAAACCCCGCCACCGCUGCCGACGCCGCCCCACCGCCGCCGCCGUCGCCGUCGCCCCCCUCGCUCCACGGCUCCUUCAGGUACAUCUGUCCUCCCCCCAUUCCAUUCCUCCUCCACGACCAGGCUUGUCCUUCCAGUUCCAAUGUCCCGCGGAUCCUCCCCUCAUUUUUAAUGUCCUUCUAUGUGACGACUCAGAGGUCCCCUCCUAUUCGCCGAGCACCUGUUGCCCACGAUAGGCCCGAUUUACGUUCACUCGUUCGCUAUAUACCAUUAAUUCCCUCGAAAUAUGGCCAGCAAAUUCUGCCGAUUAAAUAA